GUAGUGUUAGUAAGGGCCGUCCCUCAGCUGUAGUCAGUGAUGUCAGACCGCAGGCUGGACUACAUCGAGCUGCUCUGGCAGGAAGUGAGCAGUAAUCCUCACAGGCUGCUGGAUGUGGAGAAAGAGGAGGAGCAGGAGGAAGCCCCUCCACCCCGGAGGACCCUUCAAGCCCUCUGCUCUAUCCCCCGGAGGCUGGCCAUCUCUGCGGGGCUCGGGGGAACGCCGGUCACCCCCCAACUGAUUGAGAGCCUGAGGAGGAUUCUUCUGGGUGGAAACUUUCGUGUCUUCGACUACGAGUGGAGGAAAGCAGUCUUCCACUUCAGGGAACCAAACUCAGAGUUUGCAUACGCUCUGAAGGCUGAUGGGGGUGGGGCUCGGGCCAUUCAGAUGGUCGUCCAGGCUCGCAUCAUUAAGCACCUGCUGUUCACCCGACAGAGCACCUCAGACGGACAGACGCUGCACAGUCUGACAGAGGUAGGACGGCGGGAGCAGGACAGAGCAUUGGCGGCCGCCCUGAGCGACAGCCUCUGGUUGGCCGGCCAGGAGGCGAGCGCGACUGUCACCUUGGUAACCGAAGACUAUUGCAUCACAUCUCACCUGGACAACAAACUGGACACCUUCACAGAGAGGCUGCAGCUCUUCACGUUCAGCGAGAAGGACGCCAUCACCAACUUCAUCCUCGACCACAUCCAGUGCUUUCAGGAGGAGGGCAGUCAUGGCGUCAUCCUUUUCCUCUACAGCCUCAUCUGCUCCCGUACCAUCGAGAGGCUGAGGCAGGACCUAGACUCUCCUACGUCAUACCUGCUGCACCUCAGUCCGGGCAGCUCUGCCUGUCGGCAGGCUCUGCUGAACCUGCUACUGACCGGCAGAGCCAGCCCGCACCUCUUCAACGGGAUGCGGCACUUCGGGCAGGACGGCCUGCCUCUGCAGCGCCCCCUGCAGGGCGUCCUGUCCCGCAGCGAUGUAGGAUAUCUGCGCUGGAGUCGAGAGGAGAUGGAGCGCGGUGCGCUGCCGCAGGUGGGCAGCAUGCUGAAGACUCCCAGGUUCCCGGUGUGGGUUUGCAGCAUCAACAGCAGCUGCUCGGUCCUGUUCAGCGCCACACGCUCGCUGCUGUCAGACUGGAGGGCGGAGCAUCUGUUCCAGCUGUACUACUACUGUGGGCAGAGCUCGCAGACAGCGACGGCCAGGCUGACAGUCGAUACUCACUCCCACCACUGUGAGGCGUCGUCCAGAGAUGGAGGAGAUCCAGAGAAACGGUUUCCCUCACUGGAGAUGACCAUCAGGACCAAGUGGGACGGAGCUGUGAUUGCCUGGAACGGCACCUCCCCCUUCUACUGAACAUCACCACAAACACUGGUCUGCGGUCGUCACAGCACUCCCGACUGUUUUUACCAUUAUAGGAAACCAGAUGUUAAAAGUCCCGUUACGAACCUCACGUCUUCAGUGACCACUGAUGAUUCGGACCAGAGGUGUUGGCGAGGUCACCGUGGUCACUGACGAAUCAGCGAACACAGCCGAGCACAAACAGAGCGUCUGGAGGUAAAAUGAAUCCAGAUUCCAGCCUGUUUGCAUCCCACGUUAUUCCCUGCUGUCCUCUGGACUCGUCUCUGUCAUCAGACCCUGACGACUUCCUAUUCUCGUCUCCGUGUUUCUGGGUGAAGCUGAAGGCGGCUCUGUAGUAGGGUCACGUCUGCCCAACGUUUAACCUUUGAACCAAACUGGUGUUUGUCUUUGAUGAUGUUUCAGUCUCGUGUCCUCAUCUUAAAUUGUUUGAUCUUCGUUUAGCUGAAAGUCUUCUGUUCCUUUGAAAUGUAACAGAAAUAAAUCUGAUUCAUGUUUAAACAUCCAUGGAAACUUGUGUUUGUUUGGUGUGAUCUCCGGGCUUGGAGGUUUCUGUUCCCUGUCACACUGCUUCAGCGAGGUCCGGCUCUGAGGAGGCCCACGGCUUCCUGAAAGCCGUCCGAGGCUCAAGUGAACAUGAUUAGCUUCCUCUGAUUUUACAAGGAGAUAUGCAGAGCUUUCAGCUAACAGCUCGUUGGAGCAACGAUACGCUUUUAUGUCAAACUGUAUCACCUUUGGCAUGACAGGCUGCUGCUGACAAAGAGCCUAAAGACAGUUUAAAACUGCUUCUUUGCUGGAGAGCUGUUGCUCAAGGGCACUUUAAAAACUACAAGAACAUCUGACUCAAGUUUUUUGCACAUUACUGUUGUAUUUAUACAGCACGCAUCAACACACUGGGGCCAACACAAAGGAUAGAAGGGCCUUCAGCACCGUGGCCACAGGUCUGUGGUCACAUGUCUGAAGAUGAAACAGCGUUACAGUAAACCGAGCAGCUGGAUACGGGAGCAUGGAGCAAUGUCGGAGUUAUCCAAGGUUACAACAUUCUCAGGCAAAAGUUCUGGUGACCAAAGUGAGCUCGAGGUUCCUGAGUCUGUGUUUCAGAGACGACUUUCCGACCUCUCAAGUCUGUUCAGGUCUAAAAGCUUCAGCCAGCAGUGAUCAGAGCUGCCUGUGUGUAGGACGGACCGACACCCGAGAAGCUCGAACGCGGCUGAUUGAAACACGAAAACUUCAACCCUGGAGUUCUCUAGCACAUCAAGACUAUCUCUCCACACCGUUACAUAUUCCAUAUGUACGGGGUACGAUCUCCCUUGGUCGUGGCGCGUGGAUACUUCUUUAAGACACUCCGGCGUGCCAGGCCACGCCCCACAGC